UGGCGAGCGCUCGGCCUUUGUCGAGAUUUAGGCGACGGAGGCGUCUGGCUCGGCGCAAACGAGAGAUGCAGCGAGAGCCAGCAUCAUUGUUUCUGUUGCAUGGGCCGUAAUGCGGGUUUUCAGUCGGGGCAGCUAGCAGCUAACUAGCUAGCUCGUGGCAGCUUGAUUGUUAUAAACACAGCCGCCUCAAAGCAAACAGUUUUAUUUAGCUUGGUCACCGGAUCUGGAGUCGACAUGUACCGUAAGCGCCGGGGAAUGUUUCGCUAACUCGGUACACUGGAUAUUCUCCUCCUGCAUUCCUCUUUAGAUUUAUUGCCCUCCUUCUCCCCUGCACAAAGCAAAAACACCACCAUGAGUAUUAUCCAAGACAAAUUAGGCAAUGAGUUUUUGCGCAAUGGUGGCAUGGACCCCAAUUUUGCACCAGGUAUGCUUAUGUUCAGCCACCUGCCACCCGUCACCAGCUUUACACGGCUGGCCUCACAGUCUGUUAUGGGCGAGAUUCCACAGGAGAUGAUCCUGAAGAAAGAACGUGACUCGCCCCCUGAACACCAGGGUGCCACUGCUGUGAACACAGGAGGCUUCCUCCAUAGCAUGGGCAUUAAGCAGGAGCGGCUAAGUGAGCUGGACUACCGUAUGCCCCUCUAUGGCGGGGGCGGAGGAGUAGGGGUGAACUGUGCUGGAGGGGGCGCGGGGAAGAGUGGCACUGACAUGCCGGACAUGUCUUUCGGCAACCACCACCAAAAUCACCAGAACAUGCUCUUGCAUGACCUCAGCCUCAGCAACGUUCGUUCCCUCGGAGAACCGAUGCCUGCAAGACCAGGUAAAGAGCCAAAAGAGUCCUCAGGUAGAAGAGGGCGGAGGAGCAAUGGGGACGGGCAGGGAGGCAAAGCCCGAAGGAAACGCAACGAUGCUGCAAAGGCCAUGAUGUUGGAUGCAGAUGGAGCCUGCCUGUCCCCCAACUCAAAACCACAUAUCUGUGAGCACUGUAAUGCUGCCUUCCGCAGCUCCUACCACUUGCGCAGGCAUGUGCUCAUACACACAGAUCGCACAGGUGAGAGGCCUUUCCGGUGCAGUCAGUGUAACAUGAGCUUCAUUCAGAAGUACCUGCUCCAGCGGCACGAGAAGAUCCACAGUGGAGAGAAGCCUUUUAGCUGUGACCAGUGUAACAUGCGUUUUAUCCAGAAGUACCAUAUGGAGCGGCACAAAAGGACACACAGCGGCGAGAAGCCAUAUCGCUGCGAUACCUGCCAACAAUUUUUCUCAAGAACAGACCGGUUACUGAAGCACAAACGGACUUGUGGAGAAGCCAUAAAGAAGGGCCUGGACCCAAGCAUGCUGGAGCUCAGCGAAGCGGAGCUAGGCCAGGGCAGCUAUUCACUCACUCAGGGAAACUCUACCACCUCCGGACGCAAGAGGGCCAAGUCCAAAAACGGAGAGGGUGGCGAGCGCAAGAGGAAGAAGAAUGCCGCGGCAGCAGCCUCAUCCUCUGGGGGGAUGGCCCGUGACCUGGGCCUGCAGGACUUCAACAUGGAGCACCCCUCAGGCUCUGGCCCCGCCAUGCAGGGACGUACUCCCAAAUUGGUCUUUAAGAAAGGUGGCCGCAAGGGCCUUGACAAGGGCCUCCUCUCUCUGGAAGAUAGUGCUGAUGGACAAAAACUGUUGGGGCAGAAGCCUGGCUCCAUGGAUCAUGUGGAGGGCUCUGGCCUUGACAACAUGGCUCUACUCCAGGGAGCCGGGGGCAACAAGCAGGGGCCCACCACCAGCAGCAACUACGACGAUGCAAUGCAGUUUGUGAAAAAGCGGCGCUACCUCCAUGCAGUUAACAGUGACUAUGGAGCCGGCUCACUGCACAUGGCACCCCAGGGCAGCGGUGUAAUCCAGGCCUCCCUGGGGCCUGAGCCCACACUGGCCAUGCUGGACUCGUCGCCUUUGGAACUCAAGCACGACAAGUCCGGCAUUCCAGAUGAGGUAUUGCAAAGCCUGCUAGACCAUUAUAGCCAUAAGCCAGAGGGGACACACCACCAUGAUGUGACUUUCGACCUGUCAGACCACCCACACCACGUUGACCUCCAACCAGCAGCCCCUGUUACCCCUGAGUUGGAAGAUGACUCACCCAAUGGUGGCGAUAAGACAGCAGUGAUGAGCGAGUACUCAAAAUUCCUCCUGCAAGCCCUGGAGCGCACCAGCCAUAGUGGACCCUUCCCCAGCCUUGGCCCAACGGGGCCUUUCCCACUCCUGUCCAGCAGCUCCAGUCCCACGGGGCCCCUGUUCUCUGACAAACAUGUGUACUCCACAUCCCCACUGGAUUGUGGCUACCCGCCUGCUGUCUCCUCCCCAUUGCCCAUCGUUGCCCCAUCCUCAACCUCCUCCUCGUCCUCCUCCAAAUCCCAUUAUGGCAUGCUCGUAGGCUCCCCCUCCCAGGCAGGCUACCACCUCAGCUUGGAACCCACCAGCCACCAGCAGCUGACUCCAUCUCAGGAGCUGACCGAGCAGUUGGAGAAGCAGCACUCCCCCGGCGCCUUCAACCUACCUCCCCAGGACCUGGCUGCCCCAGCAGAGGGUUCUAAGGGGCAGCAGCCCAAGGCUGGAGGGAGCGCUGCACCCACCAACGGCUCCAGCUACCCAGACCUGUCCCCACUGAAUCCCCCUAAAGAAACAACAUACCAGAUUGAGAACUUCGCCCAGGCCUUUGGCUCUCAGUUCAAGUCAGGGCGGCGGACCCCUCUGAGCUAUGGCAGCGAUCCUGGGGCAGAGGUCGACCACCGAAUAAGGACUCCAGUGUCAGAAUUCUCAGGGUAUACCAGUUUGUUAGCUGACGUCAGUGAGCCAGUGAGUACAGGAUCAAAAACCCCGACAAGCCAAAGUUUCAGAUAAGGGUCAAACAAGGUGAAUCCAGUAGGGGGCUGUUCUUUUACUGUCCAUACGAUCCCUAUACCCAUCCUAAUUUUGUUCUUGUAGCAAAGUUUUGUUUUUUAAACACUGCCAUUAAAUGUUAAUACAAAAAUGACCAGGGAGGGUCUUCCAUGGCCUCAAAUGCAAUUUUUUAAAUAUUCUCAUUUUUAUUAUGUAUUUAGUCGCUUAAUUUUUGUUUAAGAGUAGUGAUUUUGAUAUGAACGUACCGUAGAUUUAAAUGUAAUUUAAAACAUUUAGAGGGUAGCUAUAAACUUGCUUGAUUUUUUUUCUUCUUCUUUCCUGAACCCUUGUGUUUUACCAAUCAUCAUACCAUUCAUUGUAAAGUAAUAAUGAAUAAUGUUGAUAAGUUCAAUAAUAAUAACAUUUGUGGCAGGGAAAGGCCCAGAAUUCAAAUGGCAAAAAAGUAUAUAUUGUCUGUUACAAGAAACGUUUUAACUCAGGAAAAUAGGCAAAAUUGUGUAAUAAGACUUUGUAUUAUGAGAUGCAAUUAGCACAGUUUUUACAGGUGUACUUUGAGACUACAAAGCUUUGAUUUUGUUUUUGUGUUGUUUUUUUUAACUCGUCAGAACAUCAAAUUACAAUACAUGAUCAUGUUUGGUUUCUACUGCGUGUAGUUUUGUCGAGAUUAUGGUACUGUUGUGUCAAUGUGAAGACAUCCACAUUUCUUUUAAGAGCCACACGUGUACACGAGGUAGUAAAAAAAAAAAAAUAGCAGUGGAGUUUAGCCCAUAGCAUGCUUCACAGCAUGUUCUGAAGUGAAGGGGAUGUUCAAAUAUAACUGUUGUUUUUAUCGGCACGCAGCGUCAGUCGUUGAAGCCUGUCUAACCGUGCACUCCUCCGGUUGUGUCCUCGAGUGGCCAGUAGAAGAGAGAGAGUUUUUAAACUAAAUCCCACCCAUCGGCCGUCACGGCUGUAUCAGAAUGCAAUGGACACCAAUCCGUGAUCUUUUAUCAUGCUGUUGCUGAAGUGAUUUUUCUUUUUCUUUUCUUUUUUUUUUCUUUUUAAACAAGUCACCACUUUUCUGCUCCACUCCUUGCUGUUCCUUUUUGUGUCAAUGGAAUCAAACAAGCACUUUUUUAAA